GGGGGGAGCAGACUAGUCCGAAACAGAAGUGACCGCUAGCUUCAUGUCAACCACACAGACUGAACUAGCAGCAAGAGCGGAAAUCUUUCACAGGGAAGAAGGAGAGGGGACGACAGAGGGAGAGUGAGGGGGCCCCGCUGGAAGGGAUACUGGAGUUCAUCCCCUCACGUUUGAAGCGACUAAAAAUUUGCAUCCAUUUGGGUUUACCUAUUUUAAGGAGCUCGGAGAUAUUCGUAGGAAGGUUAGCUAGCCACCGCCAUCUCUUCUCAGUCGGAGCGACCGCCGUGUCUUCCACGCCAUGGGGAACGCUGCCACCGCCAAGAAGGGCAACGAGCUAGAGAGCGUGAAAGAGUUUCUAGCCAAAGCCAAAGAAGAUUUCUUACGGAAAUGGGAAUGCCCACCACAGAGCACGACGUGCCUAGAUGACUUUGAAAGAUUAAAGACCCUGGGUACCGGCUCAUUUGGAAGAGUCAUGCUGGUGAAACACAAAGGAACAGAGCAAUACUUUGCCAUGAAAAUACUGGACAAGCAGAAGGUGGUGAAACUCAAGCAAAUAGAACACACAUUAAAUGAGAAGAGGAUAUUACAGGCUGUGAGCUUCCCCUUUCUCGUCAAACUUGAAUAUGCUUUUAAGGACAAUUCAAAUUUGUACAUGGUGAUGGAGUAUGUUCCAGGAGGAGAGAUGUUCUCACACCUAAGACGAAUUGGAAGGUUCAGUGAACCACAUGCACGCUUUUACGCCGCCCAGAUAGUGCUGACAUUUGAGUACCUCCAUUCACUAGAUCUCAUAUACAGAGAUCUGAAACCUGAGAACCUUCUCAUUGACCACCACGGCUACAUUCAGGUGACAGACUUUGGAUUUGCCAAGCGGGUAAAAGGCAGGACCUGGACAUUGUGUGGGACACCAGAGUACCUGGCGCCAGAAAUCAUUCUCAGCAAAGGCUAUAACAAAGCUGUAGACUGGUGGGCCCUCGGAGUCCUCAUCUAUGAAAUGGCAGCUGGCUACCCUCCAUUCUUUGCAGAUCAACCUAUUCAGAUCUAUGAGAAGAUCGUGUCUGGGAAGGUACGAUUCCCCUCCCACUUCAGCUCCGACUUGAAGGAUCUGUUGAGAAACCUGCUGCAGGUGGAUCUGACCAAACGUUAUGGCAACCUGAAGAACGGAGUCAAUGACAUAAAGGGCCACAAAUGGUUUGCCACAACAGACUGGAUCGCAAUCUACGAGAGAAAGGUGGAAGCCCCGUUCAUACCAAAGUGCAGAGGCCCAGGGGACACCAGCAACUUCGACGACUAUGAGGAGGAGGAAAUCCGUGUUUCUUUAACGGAAAAAUGCGCAAAGGAGUUUGCAGAGUUUUAGGAUGCGAGAACAUGAAUAUAUCAGGGAAAUAAGAGGAUCUUUGCACUCUUCUAAAGACUUGGGAUGGAGCAGAGACCGUUUUUCAGAUCUACUACAUAGUCCCUUCAUUCCAUAAGGCUGAAUGAGGUCGCCAUGAUCCUUGGGUGCCGAUAACCUCUCACUGUCAUGUACACCUGCGUAUAAAGCAGACACACCACUUUUUCUUUUUAUGUUCUUUUUUUGUACCUACCCACUGGUUUUUUUUUUUUGUUUGUUUUUUUACUUUGAAGCAGUUAGUCUUGGAUGUUGUGAUCCCCUUUUUAAAUGUGAUAUUUUUCAAUUUACAAGGAGAAACUGAGACAAUGGCCAGUAAUAGUCCACAUAUUGUAACUGACUUGUCUAUGGCAGUUUGACACACUGUUGUGUGGGUUGUAGACUAUUCCCUGUCGUCAGCGGUGUAUAUUUAAUGGUCUGUUACAAGUCCACAUCACAUUGGCUAUUGUAAAAAAAAAAAAAAAAUAAAAUCUGGCCAGCUUCCAGAGGUAGCAUUCGUCAUAUGUGCAUAACUGUCAAUUUUGUAAGACAUUUGAACACGCUCAGUGUUGAAAGAAUGACCAAAUAGAAAAUGCUGGGUGACACAAGAAGAGAGGUCCUUUCCUUUCUUUGCUUUUUGCCUAGAGAGCCAAACCCUAGGACCCCCUCACAGAAGCAUCCAUUCACUGUCUUCUCGGUGUUCUGACCCAGGCACAGCAAGCCAUCGCAGAAAAAGACAAACCUUGUGACAUUAGUAAAAUGCAAAUUGAGUUGUUUGUUUGAUCCUUUUUGGAUCUGUUAGUUACAUGUAAAAUUUGUCAUUUGGUAUCUUUCUAUUUUUGUCUAACAUUAUAGUCAUAUUGUCCCUAGAUUUCAGGUCUGCUUAUAAAGACCCUUUCUUAUGAGUCUGUGGAACAAUGUGACCUCAGUAAAAGGAGAAUAAUGAGGUGAAAUCCUUUUUAGGAUUUUUAUCAAGUGUAAUGUUAAGUUGAGAAGGUCAGUGUGACUAGUGUUGGAGUACCUCAACAUUGUUAGUGAAACCUUUAAAAAAAAAAAAAAAAAAGUACAGAAUUUAUUAUGUAUUAAAUCAAAAGAUGUUAUGAAAUCUUGAGAAACAGGAAAGCAAAACUGCAUAUUUACGGUAUUCUCCCUGUUACCACCCCCUAAACUGAUUUUUUUUGUUUCAUUCUUAUCCAAGAAUGUAGAUUUGCAACUUAUAGGUAUGCAUAUUUGAAAGCUUGAUUUGAAGGUACAGUUUUCCUCACAUACACUGGCUAAAAUAAAGACUGCUCCUUUGUACCACAUGUAAUCCUGUUAUUGUUAAACUCAUUACAUCAUACGUAUAUACAUUGUUUCAUAUAUGUUUUUAUUUAUACACAUUAGAGAUGCUAAUAAAUUUUAUUUUUAAAAGUG